AUGGAUUCCUCCAAAGAUUCGAACCACAAAAUAAAGGAACACCUGAAUGGAGAAAUUUCCUAUUCAGACAUAAACUCUGAAAAAGCAGGCUCACCCACAUUUGAAGCCCAUCGUUUAUCAGUCGAAAGGGUAGCUGAAGCAUACAAAACCGAUAUUGUCAAUGGGUUAACCACUCACGAAGUCGACGAACUAUUCAAGAUUCAUGGAGCUAAUUCCCUCGGGGAUGGUGAAGAGAUUUCAUUCACAAAGAUCUUAGUCCAUCAAAUAUUCAAUGCCAUGAUCUUGGUGUUGAUUAUUAGUAUGGUUAUUGCCCUUGCAAUUAAAGAUUGGAUUUCUGGUGGAGUUAUUGGAUUCGUCGUAUUUUUAAAUGUCUUGGUUGGUUUUAUUCAAGAAUAUAAAGCAGAAAAGACAAUGGGUUCUCUUAGAACUUUAAGUUCUCCAACUGCCAGAGUUUCUAGAAAUGGUGAUGAUAUUACGAUUCCAGCAGAACAAGUUGUCCCUGGUGACAUUGUUCAUAUUAGAGUUGGUGAUACUGUUCCUGCAGAUUUAAGAUUAUUUGAUUCAUUGAACUUAGAAACCGAUGAAGCUUUAUUAACUGGUGAAUCCUUACCAGUUGUUAAGAACCAUCAACUUGUUUAUGAUGAUUACUCAGUUCCUAUUCCAAUUGGUGACCGUUUAAAUUUGGCUUAUUCAUCCUCAAUUGUUUCAAAAGGAAGAGGUUCAGGUAUUGUUCUUAGUACUGGUUUAAAUACCGAAAUUGGUAAUAUUGCUAAAUCCUUAAAGACUGACACUGGAUUAAUCAAAAGAGUUGAUAGAUCGGGAGACAGAAAACCAUCCAAGAAAGAAUAUACUGAUGCUGCCACCAAGACCAUUUCCAAUGUUGUUGGUAAUAUUUUAGGUGUUAAUGUUGGUACUCCAUUACAAAGAAAAUUAUCAUGGUUAGCUAUCUUUUUAUUCUUUGUUGCUGUUCUUUCUGCUAUUGUUGUUAUGGCUUCUCAAAAGAUGAGAGUCAAUAAAGAAGUUGCCAUUUAUGCUAUUGUUGUUGCCCUUUCUAUGAUCCCAGCGGCACUUAUUGUUGUCUUAACUAUCACUAUGGCUGUUGGUACUCAAGUUAUGGUUUCAAAGAAUGUCAUUGUUCGUAAAUUAGAUUCAUUAGAAGCUUUAGGUGGUAUUGAUGAUAUUUGUUCAGAUAAGACUGGUACUUUAACUCAAGGUAAAAUGAUUGCCAAGAAGCUUUGGUUACCUAAUGUCGGUACUUUUGAAGCCCAACAUGUCGGUGAACCGUUUAAUCCAACUGUUGGACAAGUUAAUUAUGUUGCCUAUUCACCAUUAUACAUUAAAGAAUCUGAUGAAGAAAUUGAUUUCAAUAAACCCGUUUCAGAUCCAAUUCCAACAACUUUACAUGAUACUUUAAUGACUGCUACCAUGGCCAAUAUUGCUACUAUUCAUCAAGUUAAAGAUGAAGAAUCUGGAGAAUUAGUUUGGAAACCACAUGGUGACCCAACUGAAAUUGCUGUUCAAGUUUUCACCAGUAGAUUGAAUUAUGCUCGUGAAGAUGUUUCUGAAGGAUUUGAACAUAUUGCUGAAUUCCCAUUUGAUUCUGCAAUUAAGAGAAUGUCAACCGUUUAUAAAGGAACAGAAGAUGGCGAAUAUCAUGUUUAUACCAAAGGUGCUGUUGAAAGAAUUCUUAAAUUAUGUGAUCAUUGGUAUGGUGUUAACGCUUCUCCUGAUGCUGUUGAUUCUCAAGAAUUACUCAAAUUAACUGAUGAAGAUAGACAAAUGAUUGAAUGUAAUAUGAAUGUAUUAUCUGGUCAAGGUUUAAGAGUUAUUGCAUUUGCAACCAAAACUCUCCCCAAGGAUUCUGAUGUAUCGUUUGAAGAUAGAGAAACAAUCGAAAGAGGAUUAAUUUUCCAAGGUUUGAUUGGUAUUUAUGAUCCACCAAGAGAAGAAACAGCUCGUUCAGUUAAACUUUGUCACAAAGCCGGUAUUAAUGUUCAUAUGCUUACUGGUGAUCAUCCGGGUACUGCUAAAGCUAUUGCCCAAGAAGUUGGUAUUUUACCUCAUAAUCUUUAUCAUUAUAGUGAAGAAGUUGUUAAAGUUAUGGUUAUGAGUGCUCAUGAUUUUGAUGCUUUAACUGACGAUGAAAUUGAUAAAUUACCUGUGUUACCAUUAGUUAUUGCUCGUUGUGCUCCACAAACCAAAGUUCGUAUGAUUGAUGCCUUACAUAGAAGAAAGAAGUUUGCAGCCAUGACUGGUGAUGGUGUUAAUGAUUCACCUUCAUUGAAGAAAGCCGAUGUUGGUAUCGCUAUGGGUCUUAAUGGUUCUGAUGUUGCUAAAGAAGCUUCUGAUAUUGUUUUAUCUGAUGAUAAUUUCGCUUCUAUUUUGAAUGCUAUUGAAGAAGGUAGAAGAAUGUCUUCCAAUAUUCAAAAAUUCGUCUUGAUGUUGUUAACAAGUAAUGUUGCCCAAGGGUUAUAUUUAUUAGUUGGGUUAGCAUUCUUGGAUGACUCUGGUUUCUCGGUGUUCCCAUUAUCUCCAGUUGAAGUGUUAUGGACUAUUGUUGUUGCAUCAUGUUUCCCAGCUAUGGGAUUAGGUCAAGAAAGAGCAUCUGAUGAUAUUUUAGAAAAACCACCAAUUAAUACAAUUUUCACUUGGGAAGUUAUUAUUGAUAUGAUAGGUUAUGGAUUCUGGAUGGCGGCUUCAUGUUUACUUUGUUUUGUUAUUGUUGUUUUCAUUCAUGGAGAUGGAGAUUUAGGAAUUAAUUGUAAUCAAACUGAUGCUGAUGUUGAUGUUUGUGAUUUGGUAUUUAGAGGUAGAGCAGCAUCAUUUUCCAAUAUGACAUGGUGUGCCUUAUUAUUUGCUUGGGAAUGUAUUCAUCCAUACAAUUCUUUAUUCCAUAUGAGACAAGAAACUGAUAAUAGUUGGUGGAAACAAACUGCAAUUGAUCUUUGGGGCAAUCAAUUCUUAUUUUGGUCGGUUGUUAUUGGAUGUGCUAGUGUUUUCCCCGUGGUUUAUAUUCCAGUGAUUAAUACUAAAGUUUUUUUACAUAAACCAAUUACUUGGGAAUGGGGUGUUGCUGUUGCUUGUAGUGCAUUAUUUUUAGUUGGUGCUGAAGCUUGGAAAUGGGGUAAACGUAUCUUGGGUCGUAAGAUUGUUGCUAAAAAGGCUAAGAAUCCAGAAUAUGAAUUGGAAAGAAAUGAUCCAUUCGAAAGAUAUGCAUCCUUCUCUAGAUCUAAUACCAUGGACAAUGCAAGAUUCGUUGUUUAA